CAACGAGAAUUUGCCGAGGUCUGAAGCCAACAGCAUGGUCGCAAGGCUCUUCAAUGCAGCCGUCGUAGUAUUUGUCUUCUGUGCUCUUGUCAAUGGGGACGACGUUACACCGUUAGUGAGAGAGAAACGACAAGGUCUCCUGGGUGGGCUUCUGAAGCCUUUCGUCAGCAUUGGACGGAGGCCAGAACCUGCACCAGCAGUCCAAACAAAUCAUCUUACCCAUGGAUCCCCCAUACAGGAUUCAAACGUUGUAGAUUCGUUUAUCCGACAAGUGCAGGACAACAGACACCGCAUUCCUGGACCAUUAUCACGAAGUACGGCUUUUCUAGGACCUGUUACGAGUGCUUUUCAAGCAUUUCAGUCAUGCGUCACACCACUCGCUGGACCGGGUCACUGUCGUCAUGUCAGACAAUGCGUUCUUCCAUCGUUUCUCAACAAUUUUGAUCUGUUCUUGAGCUAUGUCUGCAUCAUUGAGAGCCAGGUUAUGGGAGUCUGCUGUCCGGAUCAAUUCUUUUCACAGGCAUUACCUUCCUUAUCUUCCGGACCCCUAUCAAAGCCUACAAUACCUAUCGUGACGGACUUGAUCAAUCUUAGUGGCUUUGGGCAACCGAACAGAAAUGACCGCCCAACAAACGUACAUCAGCAACCUACAAAUCCUGCGUACCCUCCAGCAGUUCCCCAAGUUCCUCACCAAAACCGUCCAGAACCUCCGACAGGAUCUAGGCCCUUUCCUGGAAACAAUGACCAGCUAGUCACAGAUUCUCAAAGAGAACCCAUCGGGCACGAUGGACGGCCACACGGUUCAGGAAGUCACUUCGGAAAUGGUGGUCAUGUCGAAGAGCGUCCAUACGUUGACGAUUACGGUUCAGGAGGCCAUACAGGAACUAGUGGACAUGGCACUCGACCUCAGCACGUGCAGGGUCAACAAGGUUCGGGAGGCCACGUUGGAAAUGGUGCUCAUGUCGCAGAGCCGCCGUACACACAUGAUCAGCACGGUUCAGGUGGUCAUGCAGGAAGCGGUGAACACGCAGUUCGGCCUCCACACAUACAAGACCAGCACGGCUCAGGAAGUCAUAUCGGGAAUACUGGCGUUGUCGGACAGCCCCUGGACAAUGGAGGACACAAUGGUUUAAUAAGCCGCCCACAUCAAGACGACGGAUUUGUGGAAGGCCACAACAGGCCUUCAUCAACGACUCGCCGGCCAUACAAUACUGGAGGAGGCACCUCCCGCCCUGUGCGUCCGCACGGCGCUAAUGACACACCGCGUCCAUUGCACACUUCGGAUAAUUCAACUCGUCGGCCAGUGAACACUGCAAGGCCCACAACUCGUCGUCCUGCAGUGACACCAAGACCAAGUAGUAGUGGAGACCGGGAUAAUUCGGAUGACUCCGAAAAUGCCCCCAUAGUGUUCCCAGACGAUUCAGUGUCCGACCAGGAAAUUACUCCAAAGGUGACCAUACCAAAGGGAUUAAGUAGCAUCAAUCAAUCGUGCGGGUUGAAUUUCAAGACAAGGAUCGUCGGUGGACAAGUCGCAAAACCAGACCAGUGGACAUGGAUGGCUGCUUUACUACGCCGCAGUAACGACGAUCAAUUCUGCGGCGGUGCUCUUAUUAGUGACAGAUAUGUGCUAACCGCUGCGCACUGCACACAAGGCUUGAGGCCGCAGAACAUCACCGUUCGCUUAGGCGAAUACGACUUCAAGCAGGAGACGGAUAGUAGACGUCCACGGGACUUCAACGUCUCCCGAAUCCGGCAGCACCCGGACUUCAAGAAGGACACGUACCACAACGACAUCGCGCUGCUGCGCUUGAGUCGACGGGUACGCUUCACGGAGCACAUCCGACCCAUCUGUUUACCCAAGAGCCCAGAUGAGACUUUCUUCGGAAAAUCCGGCACCGUUGUCGGAUGGGGAACGUUAUCCUUUGGUGGUCCUUCCAGUGCCAUAUUAAGAGAAGUAUCGCUGCCAAUCUGGAACAACACUGAGUGCAAGUCAAAGUUUACUCAGUCUAUUACGGAAGUAUUCCUUUGUGCGGGUACGCGAGAUGGUGGACAAGACGCAUGCCAGGGUGACUCCGGCGGACCUUUGAUGCUUGAAGCGGAAAACUCUCAGUGGACCUUAGUCGGCGUCGUGUCUUGGGGCAUCCAGUGUGCUCAGGCCGGUCUUCCUGGAGUCUACACACGUGUCUCAGAGUUUCUGGACUGGGUUUACGAGAACGCCGUCGAUUAAGUGCGCCAAGGAUGUGUGCUGUACAAAAUGUGCAAAGCCAGAUGCUGCCAAUGAUGGGGGAGAGUGCAUCGAGGACGAAUACGUGCGCGUCUUGCAGGAACUGCCCUCAGGGAAGAAACGACGCAGACGACAAUCUCUACGAAAACGUGGAAAUACCUUAAGUACGGGAACAAUAAAAUGUAUACGUUGA